AAAGUUUUCUGCCUUGUUUUGUAGGUAAAAUGCUUCUGAUAUGUGAAAUCACCUCCUGUACAGACUAGAUGGAACCAAGGAACAAUGUAACUUAUUUCAUCCUCCUGGGCCUCACAAAGAAUCCAAAGGAGCAGAAAGUCCUUUUUGUUAUGUUCUUGCUCUUCUACAUUUUGACCAUGUUGGGCAACCUGCUCAUUAUUGUGACUAUAACUGUCAGUAAGACCCUGAAGUCACCAAUGUACUUCUUUCUUGCUAGCUUAUCAUUUAUGGAUGCCACUUAUUCAUCUUCUUUUACCCCCAGAUUGAUUUCAGACUUAUUCUUUGGGGAAAACACCAUAUCCUUUGAAUCUUGCAUGACUCAGCUGUUUACAGAGCAUAUUUUUGGUGGAUCAGAGGUCUUCCUUCUGUUGGUGAUGGCCUAUGACCGCUACGUGGCCAUCUGUAAGCCCUUGCAUUAUUUGGUUAUCAUGAGGCAAAGGGUGUGUGUUGUGCUGGUGGUGGUGUCUUGUGUUGGAGGUUUUCUGCACUCAGUUAUUCAAGUUAGCACUGUUUAUGGGCUCCCAUUCUGUGGCCCCAAUGUCAUUGAUCACUUUAUCUGUGAUGUGUACCCCUUAUUGAAACUCGUCUGCACUGACACGUAUGUCAUUGGCCUCAUUGUAGUGGCUAAUGGAGGACUGAUCUGCACUAUUGUGUUUCUGCUCUUACUCAUCUCGUAUGGAGUCAUCUUGCACUCUCUAAAGAACCUGAGUCAGGAAGGGAGGCGGAAAGCUCUCCAGACCUGUGGUUCCCACAUCACUGUGGUUGUCUGCUUUUUUGUUCCCUGUAUUUUCAUAUACGUGAGACCCGCUAAGACUUUCCCCAUUGAUAAAUCAUUAAGUGUAUUUUUUACAGUCAUCACUCCUAUGCUGAACCCUUUAAUCUACAGUCUAAGAAAUUCUGAGAUGACUAAUGCUAUGAAGAAGCUCUGGAGAAAAAAUGGCAGGUCAAGUAUUGAAUAAGUGCAUUAUUCAUCAUGAAGAAACUAAUUUAGCCUUAGGGCC